GUUCACAAUCAAAUUAGAAUAUCCACCAUAUUGAAAUUUGAAACGUUUAAUGAAAAAUAGUUUGAACAUAAAAAAGAGAACAAGAAAACAGGAUCACCAAUUCAACGUCAGUUAGCUCUUAUGGGGAAACUCCCACCCAGCACAACCCAGAGCACCAAUGUCAUCAUCGUAUAUAUAGAGAAAUAGAGAAGACAAUUGCCACUGGCAUUGUUCUGUCCGCCCAGCUCACACGUCACAUCUGAAGAAAACAAGGAACUGAUGUGAUUUAUAUUUGCUCGUUUGCCCGCUCGCUCAUCCAUCGCCGCCUAGUAAACCCAAGAAGAAGAAGAAGAACCAGUUCCCCGGGACUAGUACCCUCAUUAUCUGUUUUCGCCUUACUUGCGAAAACCCAAUCAGCACUUGCCGCCAGUCAAUCUCCUGGAAUUCAUUUUAGUCGCCAUUGAUAUAGUUAUUAUAGGUUUCUUUUACGAAUCAUGGGCUGUCAAAGCGUCAAUUCGUUGCUGCAAAAACACCCCUUUCCUUCUCAACCCAUGCCGGUUAGAUUUCCCGACGGCUAUCUCGCCCGCAGUUUCAGCUCAGGAUCGCUGUACUUGCGCCGACUUAGGGCCCGGAAGCUCAUAUUGAACGCAUCUGCCUCGGAUCCAUCGCCUGCAUCUGUCUCUCGUCCCACUCCAGUCAGAAAUGUGGGGAACAGUUUUGGAUACAAUGGCUGCAAACUAGUUGGAUGUGGCUCUGCUGUACCGAGUUUGAAUAUAUCUAAUGAAGAUCUUGCGAAAAUUGUCGAUACUAAUGAUGAAUGGAUUUCAGUCCGGACUGGAAUUCACAACAGAAAAGUUCUCUCAGGCAAAGACAACUUGACUGCACUAGCUGUGGAGGCUUCAAAGAAAGCUCUUGAGAUGGCUGAGGUUGAUCCUGAUGAUGUGGAUUUAAUUUUACUGUGCACUUCAACACCGGAUGAUCUCUUUGGCAGUGCGCCACAGAUUCAAAAAGCACUGGGUUGCAAUAGAAACCCGUUGUCUUUUGAUAUAACAGCUGCUUGUAGUGGCUUCAUGCUGGGAUUGAUAUCUGCUGCUUGCUAUAUUAGAGGUGGUGGAUUUAAAAAUGUCCUUGUAAUUGGGGCAGAUGCAAUUUCUCGAUAUGUUGAUUGGACAGAUAGAGGGACUUGUAUUCUCUUUGGUGAUGGUGCUGGCGCUGUAGUUGUCCAGGCCUGUGACAUUGCAGAUGAUGGUUUAUUUGCUUUUGACUUGCAUAGUGAUGGUGAUGGUCAAAGGCACUUAAAUGCUUCUUUAAAAGAGAGCGAAACAGAGAAAAAAGUGGGAACAAACGGUUCAUUAAUUGGGUUUCCACCUAAACGCUCCAACUAUUCAUGUGUUCAAAUGAAUGGUAAGGAGGUCUUUAGGUUUGCGGUUCGUGUUGUGCCACAGUCUAUUGAAGCUUCAUUAAAGAAAGCUGGCAUCACCAACUCUAACGUUGAUUGGUUACUUCUCCAUCAGGCGAAUCAAAGGAUUAUUGAUGCUGUUGCAACACGUUUGGCUAUCCCACCUGAAAAUGUGAUAUCAAAUUUAUCAAACUAUGGGAAUACAAGCGCUGCUUCUAUUCCAUUGGCUUUGGAUGAAGCAGUUAGAAGCGGGAAAGUUCGAUCAGGCCAUACUAUUGCUGCUGCUGGAUUUGGGGCUGGCCUUACAUGGGGCUCCGCAAUAAUGAGAUGGGGAUGAACAACUUAAAUGAUGAUCAGCCCAAUGUAUCAUAUUGAGAUGAGAGGAUGUUGAUAAUUUUGUGCCUUUUAGUAGUUUAGUCUCUCAACGUUGUACCCAGAAUCUCUUUUUGGUAUUUACCGGAAUUUUAUUUUUUUGCAUUAUAUUCUCUUGAACAGUGUGAAUAAGCUUAUUAUAUAUUCGCCUCAUCUAUAUUAUUGUUUUUAUACAUUGGAAAGAUUGUUUAGUUUAUAUAUUAUAUAUUCGCCUCCUUUAUAUGA